CAGACAAUAUGAGAUGUAGCGAUGGAUAAGACGCAGGCCCUUCUCUUUUGACAUGGGUUUAUUUCUCUUUCUCUCAGACUCUAAAUUAUAUUUCCAAUAUUCCCUCGAGUUCUAUAUUUCCCGCUGUUUCUGGAUACAGGGACGGAUCGAACUACAAUAAAUACAGUAGGAAACAUCGCUAUGGAGUGGGCAAAGCAGACGUACAACGAGCAAUACGAGGCCUGGAUGCCCUGGAUCGAAGACAACUUCCUCAGGUAUUUCACCAAGGAUAACAAAGCUAGCUACGCGACUAAAGAACAACUAGACAAGGCCAAAAUCACCAAUAUCGAGCAGGUCAAUACGCUGCAGGAUGGUGUACACGGCGUAGUCGCUGGACAAGUAGGCCAAGGAGGAUUGCUACAGCCAGUCGGGGAUCUGGUAUCCAAAGAGGGCCUCAAUCGCGCCGAGCGAGGCGGAAAAGACGAGCAGGGAGGAAUCCUACCUACUUCUAUUCCCGGAAUUCCCGGAAUCCCUGGCCUAUCGAAAUAAAGGCCGUACAUUGAAGACCUCCACGAGGAUUGUUACGGGAAACGAUGCAGGGUCUUAUGUGAUAUUCGUAAGGGGGGUAUGGAGUCGUAAUAAAAGAGCUGAAGGUAUUCGAUAUUGGCAUGUACUUCAUAGGUAGUUUCGGUAAAAAGGUGUAAGCAAU